CGAAUUCGAAGAUACCCUUCCCGUUCAAAGCCAAGAAAAAGGAAACUAUUGAUUCAGACAACACCAUCACAGCUGUAUCUAUAUUUCCUAGAUCUCUUUGCUUCUCAAAAUUCCAAGUUUCUUAAUUCAUCCACAUUGAUUAAGGACAAUCACAGAGAAAGAGCACAAUAGGAAGAAGCAGAAGAAGAAGCUGCAAAAAAAAAAAAAAAAAAAAAAAAAAAAAAAAAAACCUCAGUUUCUCUCUUCAACACCAGAAGGUUAACAAUGGGCAGAAAUCUCAGUCCAAUUUUACGGCGAGAGUUAGAAAAUCUAGACAAGGAUGCUGAUAGCAGAAAAUCAGCAAUGAAAGCACUGAAAUCAUAUGUAAAAGAGUUGGAUUCAAAGGCAAUCCCACUCUUUCUUGCUCAGGUUUCUGAAACCAAAGAAACGGGGUCAUCAUCUGGGGAAUACACAAUCUCACUCUAUGAAGUUCUUGCUCGUGUUCAUGGCCCAAAAAUUGUCCCUCAGAUUGACAACAUUAUGACCACCAUUACAAAGACCUUAGCUUCCAGUGCAGGGUCUUUCGCUCUUCAGCAGGCUUGUGCUAAGGUAGUUCCAGCAAUAGCUAGGUAUGGGAUUGACCCGACCACCCCAGAAGACAAGAAGAGGCAUACGAUUCAUUCACUUUGUAAGCCUCUCUCAGAUUCUCUUUUGAGUACCCAAGAGAGCCUAUCCACUGGUUCUGCCCUUUGCUUAAAGGCUCUGGUGGACUCUGAUAAUUGGAGGUUUGCUUCUGCUGAUAUGGUGAAUGAGGUUUGUCAGAGAGUUGCAGUGGCUUUAGAUAGGCCUUUGCAGACCAAUCCACACAUGGGCUUAGUCAUGUCCUUGGCUAAGCAUAAUAGUCUAGUUGUUGAAGCAUAUGCAAGAUUGUUGAUACAAUCCGGUUUGAGGAUUUUGAAUGCCGGGGUUGUGGAGGGAGAAUCUCAGAAACGGUUGUCAUCCAUUCAUAUGGUGAAUUUUCUUAUGAAGUGUUUGGAUCCGAAGAGCAUAUUCUCCGAGCUUGGUUUGAUAAUCGAGGAAAUGGAGAAGUGUCAGUCCAAUCAAAUGGCUUAUGUCAGAGGGGCUGCUUUUGAAGCUUUACAAACAGCAAAGAGAAUAAUAGCAGAGCAAGGCCCAAAGUUGGAGAGGGAGUUGGGUUCAAUUACUGGGUCAAAUUGUUCAAGUGAGAACAACUGUAGAAGGAAUUUAUGGGGUGCAGGAGAUUUAUCUCCUGGAAUGGCAUCACCUGAAUCACAAACUGUUAAUUCAUUUGUUGGAUAUGACUCUUUCAUUGAAUCACCAAUUUCAACCAGUGAGGUCUCCAGGAACUUGUAUUAUGAUCGAAGGAGUGUCAACCGUAAACUUUGGAGAUAUCAGAACGGUGGGGUGGAUGUAUCUCUCAAGGAUGGCUUUUACUCAGAAAUGGCUAAUGGCAGUGCCAUUGAGAACUCUGUGCAUGAAGAGUUUUCUGACAAUAAAGGUGAUUAUGUGGAUGGAUUUGCAGGGUUCUUGCAGAGAAGCCCCAGAAAUGGAUCACCGAGAAGCACUACCCCCAGUCCUCAGAGAUCACGCUCUCAGAUAAACAUUGAUAAUGUUAAGAUCUUCACAACUCCAAGGAAGCUCAUUCACUCUCUUCAGGAAGCAAGUGAUUCUGGUUCAAACUUUUCUGUGAAACAAACUAGAAGAUGUAGAAGUCCCUACUCGAGUGAUUUUGAGUGGAGUCCUAUGUCAAAAUAUAAUCAGAAUGCUUCGUCUCAUGAUAUGAACCAUGAGAUCAAAAAGGAUGUAAACUUAUCUGGAGGGGGUACACAGUUGCAUGGUGGCUCAGAAUCGGUGUCAUCAACAGAAGAUCUUCCUUCUGAUGCUGAUUUGCAAGUGUCUCGGGAUGAGAUUCCUGAAAUUAAAAGUGAAGCUAGUUUUGAUGUUCAAAGAAAGCAUCGGAAGUCUACUCUCAGUGUGCUUUCUGGCUUUCUUCUGGUACUUUUUGCAGUUUUCAUUUGUUUGUUGCGGAUUGAUGAUCAUGGCGAAGGUUACCUUGUUCCCACUUAAGGAUUAUGGUUUAUGGUAGUACCUUCGAUAAUAUUGUAGUUGUCAUAUUAAAACUGUUUCUUUUACUAAAUCUUCCAAACUAAGAGUUGAUGCUCAAUGUGCUCAAUAGAAGCAGCUACUGCAUUUUUCAGAAAUGUUAUCUUUUUCAUUGA